ACCUCCGGCAGGUUAGCGCGGGACAAAGUCCAAAGUUUGGUUAAAAACAGAAGGCCGACUGCAGAGACCGACACCUUUUAACCAGGUAAGGAGGACUUAAGUGUCACUUUUUAACUACAACAGCAAACCUGUUAUGUCCCCUCUUUAAUAUUAUAACACUUCCCGCUGGCUGGUUACAGUAAAAUAACGUUAUUUUUAAUUACUAAAGUAAGCUGUCGCACCUGUCCAGAGACCUGACUCUACCUCUGGUAUCAAACCCUCAUCCUGCUGCGGUCUGACAGGAAUAGAGUCUGUUUGUUUGAGUUUACACCAACCGACAACGGCGACAUUUAGACUUAACAACUAUGGACGAAUAUAUUUAAAGGUACUAAUCAAGCUAAACUCAUUCUCAACAUAAUAUGCGCAGUUACUAAACAAAUGCAUGCAAGACGGUAGAUGGUUACCUUUAAGCUAAUCCUCCUUAAAGAGUUCAACAUGGACCCAUUUAAUUCCUUUUUAGUAUUAUAUCUAGUCUAGUUAUUAUUACAGCAAUUACUCUACAGAAAUUUGCUUUUCCAUGCUUUUCUCUCCCCACCCUACAUUUCAAAUUAAGUCCAGGUAUUUCUGAAAAAAUUACAAUAGCAUGAGAAAGUUCAUUAUUCUGCAGUUUAAACUAUUACAUUUUCUAAAUUCAUCAGACACAAAGCGAAAUAUAUCCAGACUUUAGUUGUUUUAAUCUUGACUUACAGCUCACAGAAAUCAAACAUCUGCACCCAAACACCAAACUUCACCCCGGACUUCAAACCCUCACACCUUUGCAGAUGUUUAAAGUUACUGACAAGAAACACGACUUUGCUGCAGUUUGUUGUCAUUUUGGGUUUUUAUCUAAUUAGUAAUUUUUUGGUGAUGUAUUAACAAAAAAUAUAGUCAUCACCUUAACAACCACAAACUCCUAUGAAAAGCUUUAUUAUGUAUUUGUUUAAGUCAUCAAGCACUUAGGCUUAUACCAUAUCAAAGUUAAUAGUCCAAAAAGGUUCACCGGGUCUGACUGUAUGUUUGUAUUUCUUAUAUGUAGACCAGUGUGUUUCUUUUUUUCCUCUUUGACAUGUUUCGACUGCGAACCUCCUGCAGUCUCUCCCAGAAGACUCCUGUGAUGUUGUUGUGACGUUGUCUGUCAGACGAGGACGGCUGCAGAAAUUUGCAGUCGAAACAUGUCGAGGUAAAAAAGAAACCCACCGGUCUAGAUAUAAGAAAUAUUCACAUAUUAAAGUUAACGUCUACACGUCUUUAGCAUUAAAACCAUUUGCUAUUACGCAAAAGUCAAGUUUGCUCCUCCUAUUGAAACACGGAUAUUUUCCUCAAAAGCUGGAAAUCAGCUCAGAUGGAUGUUUCCUCGGUCUGCCUGAUGUUUUGCUGGUAAACAAGCCUCAUUUUGAACAAAUUAAUGUUACAAAGAGAUCCUUCAUUCUAUUAGCUAAUUUGCUAUCCUGUUUCAUUUGAAUAAGUAUAGCUAGCUAACAUUUGUUAAGGAGGCAGCUGUUUCUGGAGCAAAUCGCCUAAUUUGAUCUGCUUAAUUGCAAUAGAUUUCCCAAACAUCAAGAUUGAACGCUGCAACUUUGUCAGUUAGUGCAAGAAUGCUUUAAAAGUAAUCUAAUCAGAUUGCGUAAGGGAACCAUUGCACAGCCACUUAGACUGUAAAAGGCUCGCACACCCAUUAGGGAGAAAUUCCCUCAGACAGGAAUAGAUACCAAUUGAUUGGGACUUCCUUGAAAAUAUGUGAUCACUCCCCCCCGAUUUGUGAUCCGGUGGAGUCAUUGUGUGGUCUCCAAAUGCUGUUUGGUGGUUUCUCUCACUUGUCAUUCGGUCCUGGAUUAGGUGGACAAUUUUUCUUCUCGAUCCUAAUAAACCUCAAGAAGAAGUCAAUAAUGCGGCCAUUUUAGAGGAGAAAAGCCUUGUCCAUUCUCCAUCUAGUGACCCCGAGGAGAGUAAUCUUCAUUUAGUUUCAUUAGCCGUAUUUUCAGGCAUUUGUUUGAAGUUUUCAGACUGAACAUAAUCCCUCUUGUUUGUGCGGGCAAAGGUAUACAGAGUUUUGUUUGUUUGUUCGUUUUUUGUCCACAAGUGGAAGAUUGUCUUCAGUCUCAUCGUGUACAAAAAAACAGAUCAACAGCAACAAGGAGGGCAGCAACAGACACACAACAAAUCCACACAAAACAUCUUGGCAGCAAAAGGAGGACAACAGUGGCAUCCCACUGAGCAAUAAACUGCUAUUAGACGUCUAGUUUUUUCGUAGACCUAAUUUCAACCGUCUAGAUUCUGUAUAUGUUUAGACGGAAUUUAGACGUCGCACUUUAACCCGAUAUUUGAUAACUAUUGAAUUCAAAAAGCAACUGUGAGUUUCAUAACUGAUCUCCAAGUACUUAACCAAAAUUAUUAUGAUAGUCGUUGAGCAAUAUGAAGUUAGGUAGAUCUAACGGGACAUAGGCCAACUAUCAUUCAGCACCCUGAUGGCGUUAGGAAUGAAUGAGUUUUUGAAGACGAUUUGCCUUAGGUACUUGAUAACGUCUGCAUGAACGAAGUAUAACGAACUCACUGUACUGUGGGUGAGAAGGAUCGUUUACUAUCUUCACAGCUUUUUUCCUCAUCACUUCCUUGUAGAUACAGCUGAAGUGUUUCUGUGGCUUCCCUGUGAUUUUUGUGGCUAGACUCACUAUUUUCUGCCUUUUGUGUUUAGGUUAAGAUUCCCUCUAUGAAUGAUGUGCGUUGAAUUGCAGAUUGUGAUGAGACUUUUCUGUUUUCACAGCUUCAACAUGUCUGAACCGACCAAUCAGCAGUUCGAAGAGCCCAUCUCUGCAGUCGGAGUGAUCAGUUAUCUUAACAAGGCCCAUGAUGCCUACUAUGUUGUAAGUACAUAUUUUAAACUGGUGGAAACUGUAUUUUUUAUAAACAGUUUUAUUUAAUAAGCUUGCAUUAAGCUCAUCUGAAAGAUGUAAUAGACGGUCGGGGUCUCACAGUUUAGAUUUUAAACCAAAAUUCGACCCAAAUGAGUUUUUAACAUCUACGAACAAUUAUCAGAAUCAUAGCUGCAGAUUUUCUGUCGUUAUUCUCCGCCUUCUGUCUGAAGAAAAUGCGCAUCUUCUAAUUGGGGGAUUUCAGGCAGACAUAACUAAAAAUGUGUAUGGUGCUCUCUGAUUUGUCCAUUUUGUGCUCCUAGUAACCUUUGUCAAUCAAAACAUGACUGAACAAAUGGUCAAACUUGAAAAUGAAGCUCUGUAGGUUGUUUUUUUUUCUGUUGUGGUCCUCUGUUGUCGGUUGUUUUUGUAACAGUUGUAACUGAAUGUGUAGCAUAAUUCACAGGCAGGAUGUUGGCAGCUUUCCUGGGAGUUUUUCGUUGGAGCUGUUCGAUGACUUAUUCAUCAAGUUUACUUUGAUGAUUAGGAAGAUCCCCUUCCUGACAUUAUUAUUGGUUGCCACCAGAAUUACAGACACACCAGAGGCGAUGGUUUAAUGAUGUUUGCAUGAUGCCCACCAGAGUCUUUUUAAGUUUGCCCCCACGUUCUCCUGACUUUUAAGUCGGUUGGGGUAAAUGUGUAAAGAUGCGGUGCAGGAUUCGGUUCAUUUCUGUGAACCUGUCUUUGUGUUGUUCGGCUUGUAGGGAGUUAAAAAGAAGAGUGUGUUGUGAGUUAGACAAAGCACAAAGCAAGCUCAAGGGCAGAUCUCUCUUCCUCCGUCUCUCUUCCUCUUCAGACUUUGUCUUUUCGCUCUCAUGCGGCACCCCCAGCCUCUCCUCGUUGCCUGAGUUUUUAUCUCUUCCUGCUCCACCCUGCACACCCAGCUCGUUCUCAUGUCUGGCAGACGAUGGUGGGUUGGCAUCGGAACGGAGCCACUGGCAGGAAAGCUACAUGUGCAGCACACGGUAGUGACAAAGAGAGAGAAACCCCCUCAGACUUCCUCCUCUGCCUCUACACUCUGCCAAUACAUUUCAAAUGAUGUGCAAAUACUGUGUGUUUCCUUUCGGGCUAAAAGUGAGUUAUAGCGCUGUUUUGUCUCAGUUUGAGGAGAAAUGUAAACUGCUACAAUUUUUUUCUUUUUUUUUUGUAAACCUGGAAGCUUUUAGACUUUAGACUUAAAAUUCUUAGAUAUUUAUCAUAUUCAUAUGUCAAUUAUUAUUUAUUUAUACUGCACUAAUUUACAAUAAAUGUUACCUCAAGACGCUUUGUAAAAAGAGCAGAUUGAGAUCAUCCUCUCCAUUAUAUUUACAAAGAUCCGACAGUAAGAUCAGACCCAUUCUUAAGUCAUCUGAACCCACCAUGAGUGAAAGACUCAGAGCGUUAAGAGAGUUAAAGUGGAGAGGAAGAACUUCUUUUAACAGGCAGAAACCUCGAGCAGAACCAGACUGAUGUUAGACAGUCAUCUGCUGAGACUGAGCUGGGUUUAGAGAGGGGAGAGAGGGACAGAGACAAGACGAACGACAGCAACAGCUCAUACAGACAAAAGGCUACAGUGCCAAAAAUAGUGGGACAGGUAUGUGAACUGUUUACAGGAGAAAAGAUGGACCUGGGGCUGACUCCUGGCCUCAGGAAAAAAACAGGUUCAUUGCAUAAACCUUCCAGUCACUUCAGCCAUGCUACUUAUUAUUUAAAUGUCUGUUUUACGGUUCGCUUUAUAUCAUCUUAAAGGAAAAGGAGCAUAAAUAUUCAGCCUCUGGGGAUACUGCAAAAAUCAAUCUUUUUUUCUAAAUGUCUGAACAGAGUGUACACAAACAUCAACAGUCGUGUUCAGAUAAAUCAUACUCGUGAUCAUUGUACUUGUUACAGAGCAACAAUGUAACAAAGAAACCAUUAAACAGAGCAACAAUGAAAUAGAGUAACAUUGAAAUAGAGCAACAAUGUGACAAAGAAACAAUAUAACAGCAACAAUAUAACGGAGCAACAAUGAAAAGGAGAAACAAUGUGACAAAGCAACAAAUUAAAAGAGCAACAAUGUGACAAAGAAACAAUAAAAUAGAGCAACAAUGUAACAGAGCAACAAUAUGACAGAGCAACAUUGAAAUAGAGCAACAAUGUGACAAAGAAACAAUAUAACAGCAACAAUAUAACGGAGCAACAAUGAAAAGGAGAAACAAUUUGACAAAGCAACAAAUUAAAAGAGCAACAAUGUGACAGAGCAACAAUAAAAUAGAGCAACAAUGUAACAGAGCAACAAUGUGACAGAGCAACAAUGUGACAAAGCAACAGUGUAACAUUACAACAUCAUAUCAGAGUCUCUGUACCAAUCAUUUGAUGUCUGAUGUUUUUCACUCUGAGUCAGUUUUCCUCGGUAUAAAAACACGGAGUGUAAACACUCCCUUCAAGGCAAUGAAACAUCAAAAUCAUGUCUACAAAUAAAAAGUCAAGUACAAGUUAGCCUUCGAGAAAAUAUUCCAGGCCUUCAGACUCAGAGAACUAUUUCAGAUGCAUUUGUUCCAUCUUCAAGAACAUCUUUUGAACAUCACGAUGGCGUCUUUCAUCUGCAGACAAACAAAAAUACCAGCGCCUGGCGUCUAAUGCAGCUCUAAGAGGGGAAGUCUCUGGAUAUCACGCCGUAUUGAUUUUCUUCUCCUUUCAUAUGAGACUUCUUUAAGAAUUCCUCCUUAAUACCGACUGCUUUCCAUACUUACCAUACUUCUUAUACAGCAGAUCAAAAGCCUGAUUAACUCUUUUGCUCUCUGAUUCGAGGCGCUCACAUCUCUGAACUUGAGCAGGUUGUUCCAACACUAGAGAGCACAGGCUCAGAUCAAACGGCGCUCCGCUGGGAUCACGAGCUUUGCUGAAGCACCAGCAGCCACCCAACAUCAAACGCCGAGAGCAGACUCACGCACACACAUGCUCGGUGCGAGGGCUGCAGAGUGGAUAGACGAGUAUUUCAGAUUCACCUGAGAAUCUCCCACAUCCUCGGCGCAUAAUCUUGAUACUCUAUUUAAAGAAACCUGUUACUAACACAUGAGCAAGGAUACUUUACGGUCCCAGCCUCUCCUUUUUAAGGCUGUGAACUAAAGAUUUCUAACUUCAGAUAAACAUCUGAAAAAACGUAUUCACUUUGCUUCCAAGGACUGGGAAUGAUUUUAGACAAAAGCCCACAUCUGAGGGCUAAGUCCGGGGUUUGGGCUGCUAACAAUUAGCUUAGCAUUAGCAUCAUAAGGGGGUGAAGUAGACUUUGGUAGCUUAUUCGGAAAAUAUGGUGAGUGGUGCCAUCUAGCAUUGCUGCCGUUACGAUAGUGGCAACUCAGCGUCCUCCCAGGUUAUGAUUUUCGACAAUAUUGUGAUUCUACAUGGAGGAAUAGAUAAAGGAGUUGACUGUAUUUUACUAAUUUAUUUGUUAUUGUAACUGGAUCAUGAUGAUUACAUGCUGCUCCUUGAUUAGCAUCCCAGCAAGAGGAGGAAUGUUGUUUAUAAGAUGUUCAUGUUAAUCGUCCAGAAAUAGACAAAACAAAACAUUAAAGACGUCAGUCAGUAGGGAGCAAAAUAACGACAAAAUCAUAAAAUCCCUGAUCCUCUUCUGUUGAAUGUCUUGGUCGUCUGUUUCAUCUGUAUUAAGUGUCGCUCUCAUAGAUGCCAGCAGUCAAACUGACCACGCCCCCUUUUGGGUGAGAGCAGUCAGUCUGUAAGAUUAGUAGGAAAUGAAAAUUCAGGGUCUAGAACAAGAAAACAGUAUCAUCCAGUGGCUAUAGAGGACCAGAAAUUCAUAAUUGAUGACUCUUUUAAUCAUCAAUCGGUGACGUAACAUUAGAAAUAGUUAAAAAUUAAAGGGUCUGUCUCCAUCAAACUGUAUGAUGUUACCUGUGUCUGGUCAUCGCUUUAAUUUCUGGUACCAUACAGGGCUGUAAUGUGAUGAAUAGUGUAGCUUCACAGCAGGAGGUUGUGUGUGUAAGACAAAUGCUUCAUGAACCCUUAUAUCUCAUCAUAAUUUAGAUUUUUUUAAAUGUUACAUUGCAGAUCAAUUAUCGCCAAUCAAAAAAAGUCAUGCUUUAUCAGUUUUUUUGUAUUGACGGUUUGAUUUAAGCCUUCAGUAACCAUUUAAUUAUAGUGUUUUCUUAUUUUAAACUGUUAUAUUAUUGUCAAUUUAGAUAGACUGCUGUCACUCAAAAAGGGGGCGGGUCUGUAACUAAAGGCCGAGUACCCUGGUGGAUUGCUGAAGUCGAAGUUUGAUGAAGUUUCAGAGUUUAAAGUUGGAUGAAGUUUCAGACUGUAAAGGUAAAAGUAGAAAAUCAGCCGCUCUUGAGAACAGCUUGCAUUGAGAUGUGCAGAUAUUUUGAUGCCACAACGUUAAAUUCUGAUGGUCUAAAGGUCGAGAAGCUCUUGUAGUCAUGUGUCAUUUAACUAGUAGAGAUAAUAUGAAUUUUAUUGACAUGAAAAAGACUUUAAUGGAGCUUUAAGUAGGAUACGAAGAGAAUAACCUGCAGAGUAUCACUGAUUUUUCUACCCUAACGCUAUAAACAAAAACUAUAAAAUGUUUAAACUUUCUCCUCCAACACGAACGGACAGACUCUGUCCUUUGAGCCCAGACUUGUGAGUGAUGUUUCUCACUCAUAUCUGUGCAGGUUAGCCAACAGGAACACAAUGUCAAACUGAACCUGAAAGUCAAAGAUAUUUUCUUUUCUUUAUAGUCAGCAGUCUUGAGAAAUAAACUGAACCUUCUUCUUCUUCUUCUAUUUUGGGUCUUUUUUCUGCGUGGAAGGGCCCGGUUUGUUCUCGGUGCCUCUCUCAUGUCGUCUCCACCUGGUUUCGCUCCCCUGAGGUUUCUGAUUGCGUGCCUUCAGAUCGUUUUAUUCACAGCUGUGCCUCUCAUUGCUUCAUAGAGAACUUGCUGGUGGCGUCUGUCUCCAGAGAUCCUUCACUGGAGCAUUCAGCACCCCCUAAAGACUUGUUUCAUAGGUGGGCUUUCAGAUCACUGCGAGCUCCUGGUUUUAGGAACUGGCAGUCGAAUCUGUCAUUGCAUUUCGAAUCAAAUGAUACAAGCAUAUAUUUCAACAUCAGAGCCAGGCGUCUCUUAUCAGACACGUGACAUCCUCCUCAGUGAAGCGGGUGUAAUAAUGACGGAGCCGACUUGAAAGUGCGAGAGAAGAGCCAUCCCAACUUUACACAUGCCUCUCCUGCAGUGGCUCAGCAGUCUGCGUUUCACAUUCAGGGUGCGUCGCAGCCUUGCUGCCGGCGUCUGUGGCAGGAUGAUGCCUGAGGUGCCUCGGAGGAGGACCGUGCCCUCGUUACUCCUCAACUUGACUUUGGGUUUCACAAAGCGAGCCCUUUGUUUACGCUGACAGGAUGCGCUGGCUACUGACCUGGAAAAAGUGGCCAAGACGGGUUGUCUUGUAAGGAAGAGGGAGGCUGGUGAUGUAUAGGCUCCUUCUGGGACCUUUCAUGGAACUGCUGCCGGAGACGCCCCACAAUCCCUCUCUCCUCCGCUCAUCUCCUGCUCUUUCUCUCCUCUCUCUCUCUCUCUCUCUCUCUCUCAUCCCGCUAUCUAUCUCUGUUCCCCAGUCUACUCUCUCUGCUCUCAUCCCAUCUAGUCAGUGGUGGUUUUUCAUGAAUCUCCCCAUGCCAUGUUUCCCCCCACCCAGUCACCGAGGUCAUUCAUCAUUAUUGUCAAGGGGGUAAUGUGUGUGGGUGGGUGCAGAGAUCUAUGACUUCUUCAUUUGAAUGAACCUCAUUAGAUUGACUCUUCUUUGUAAAGGAUCCCUUUAGAAAAUAACCCUGGCAGUUAUUUAGGUGAUUCUCACAUGAUAGCCAAUGGAACAUGACGCUCCAGCCGAGCGUGUUUGCCGCCGCCGCCGCCGCUACCACCACCACCCCAGAAGAAGAGUCUGCAGGUUGUGUUUUGCUUUAUCAUUCAGCCCUGCACACCUACAUUUACAUAGCAAUGUAGUGUUGGACCUUGAGCAUGACUUGUGGUGCCUACAUGCUGUCAAUAUGGUGCACUUCAUUAUUUUUACAGACCCCACUGAUCAUUUACAACUAAGAAUGAGCCUAUUGUACAAGGACGAGCUGCUUAGGUACCCGGCUUUGGAAUUAUUCAUGCAUACACAUGAGAGAGCUUCGAAUAGAGAAGUUAUAAUAGAAAGACUCGCACAUAAAGAGGUGGAGCAGUGACAGGAUUUAGGUGCGUGUGCAUUAUUCUCGUUGCAGCUCAUGGGAUGCUAUGUUUGGUUUUAGAAAAGAUACUUUCUGCAUAUUCCCCAAAUGUAAUCCCUGCUUUCCCACAGAAGCACUCUCAAGUUUGGUUUCCUUAUUAGAGCAGAUCCUUGUCAGGGCAUCUUUAAUCAGCCGGGUCCCGAGGGAUGAUAUUUUUAGCCACCUUUUUGGAGGCUAAGACUCCUUUACCCACGCCGAGCACUAAUGAGAUGGAGCGCUAGUGUUGGCAAGCGUUAAUUAAGGCUAGUAUGCAAGGGAAGAGGCAAAAGCAACACGCUCAUGGCAUACAUACAUUAACUUUAUCCCACCUCCUGCAUGUUUUUUCUCUCCUUGUUUUUUCCUCUCUCUUUUUAUUUUUUUUCUGCACGUAGGUUGCACAAACAACAGAUGGCUCUGACGCCGACCUGUGGAAGGACGGCUUAUUCAAAUCCAAGGUCACCCGCUACCUCUGUUUCACCAGAAAAACUGUAAGUGUGAACGUAAACUUCAGCCUCUCCCUAUGCAUUCUGCUCCAACACCUCGUCUGCCGCAGCUUUUGUGCUUGCCAGCGGUUAUUAACUCAGUUUUCCGCCGCCAGCCGCCCAGAAUAUCUUUGUGCACUUUGCACUUUGAUCAGUGAGAGUCCCACUUAAAAAAAGGCCAGCGUUGGCAGUGCAGUUUUGAACUUUUAGUUAUAAUGGAUUUGCAUGCAUAUUCCAGAUGAAUAAUACCUCAUGAGAUAUUUUUCAUGUUUCACCCUCCUGAGGAUAUUAUUUAUGUUUAUUCAUGGAAUAACAAUGAGCUGUAUUUUAACUAUUCCAAUUUAUUCAAUCAACAGCGUCCCUGUAGAGAAAAAGCUGUAACCAAACUGUGAUUCCUGAAAGCCGAUGCACAUGAAAAUAAAAAUAAUUUAUGUAAUAAACUCCUCUGUAAAUAUGAUUUUACUGAAUCAUAUCUAUAUAGUUAUAAAGCUUCAUAUUUGACUCUUGUGCGGCUGAAAGGACUCUGGUUUGUCGGGUCAUUUUUAACUCGUCUCCUGCCUCCAGCCCACAGCUGCAUGGCUGUCAGCAGCUAUGUGGCCAUAAAUACACCUGCUUACAUCUCCAGCAUUAUCAACCUGUCUAACCUCAACUCACACAGCUUUACUACUGCCUGUCUCUUCAUUUGUUUCCAUGCAGGUAGAAAACAAACAAAACCUGCAUUUCUGUGAAUAUUUUGCAUCGACUCAGUUUGAAGACUAAAUAAAGAAAGAGGAUUAGGGCCACAUGAAGAGAAAAGGAAAUUAAAGUCAAAAUUUAGAGAUUAAAGUCAAAAUUUCAAGAUUAAAGUUGAAAUAUCGAAAUUCCAAAAAUCAAAAUUAUGGCAAUAAAAUCGAAGAUUGAAAAUUGAAAUUUCGAGAUUAAAGUCAAAAUUUCAAGAUUACAAAAUGUCAGGAUUAACGUCAAAUUUUGGGCCUAAAAAGACUAAAAUUUUGAGAUUAAAACCGAGAUUACCAGAGGUAAAUCAACAUGAAUAAAGUCAGAUUUCAUGAAUUAUAACAUAAUUUUGACUUUGAAUUUUGGAAUUAAAAAAAUGUAAAUUUUGGGUCAAGAUCAGGAGAUUUAAGUCAACAUGAAUAAAGUUGAAAUUUUGUGGAUUAGAACAAAAUUUCGAGAUUAUAAUCGAAAUUGUGGCAUCAAAAAUUAAAAUUACGAGAUUAAAGUUGAAAUUAAGAGAUUAAAGUUGACGCAAAUAAUCACAAAUUUUCAUGAUUAAGUCGUAAUGUCGAGAUUAAUGAUACUUAAUCAACAGUAUUGUCGCUCGUCAAUCGAAAACAUGUCCUCUGUAGAACAGUUUAUAAAUCUGUUCUUUAUAAUUGGAUUUGGUAACAAGGACAUCCUCACUCAUCUAGCACACAAACACGGUGUGGUCAUUAGUAUUCGGACUCUGGAUUGACUGUGCCAAAGUUUACGACUCUACAGGAAAAAAAAAAACAGACAAACUUGAAAAAGGUUACCGCCUUCGUGCAAAGUGCGAUUUUUUUCAUUUCGACUUUUUGAAAUUUGGACUUGAAUAUUGAAAUCAAAAAAAUUUCCCUUCCUGUAAUUAUUUUUUUCUCUUCUUGUGGCCCUAAUCCUCUUUCGUACGUAAUGGAGUCACUCCUGUUAGUUUUUUUACAGUAUGUCCUCUAAAAGCCAGGCGACUUGGCAGCAUCUGCCCCGAGCCUGAGCUCAAUCUGGUCGUCGGUUUAGUAUAUAGCAUACAAAUAACCUUCGCCUAGUUCCUGUAUAUCAUCUUAAAAUGUGUGUCCACAUUGUUUUAAAGACUUUGACACAAAUAAAACAUGACAGAGCCAUCAACAAAGGCUAUUUUGUCUGCCAGUCAAUGGAGCUCCCACUGUAAUUGUCUAUGACAAAAACAGAUUCUGUAAAAUUAGCCCCUGAAUUACGUGUGGGGAAGUAAAUAGUUUGUGAUUUAUCAUACUCUAGGUCGGAGGUAGAAAGCCCUCUUUGUCAGGCACUGAUGGAAGAAAUCUCUCCUGCAAAAAAGGGGGAAACACUAAAAAAGGUUCCAUGCAUAGUAAUAACAUUCAUCCAUAUUCCUCCUUAAGUCGGUAUAAAAACUAUGAAUAAAAAAUGUCUCUAAUGGUAAUGACUGUCGGGCAACAGAAGCAGCGAAAUCCAGCCUCUUCGGACGCAUCCAGUCACGCCUGGCUCGCCCCACUCUCUACCGCCGCUCUGUAUUAUUGCAAUUUAUUAUGGCAAAAAAUGAAAAUGUAAUGGGAGGCAGGGAAGAGUCAUGCUUGAAAAUGUCAACUACACAGUCCCUGAUUGUUUUUAACCAGUCCCAAUCUGUUGAUUAGACUGCCUCCUCUGUCUCCCGUCAUCCCGCAGCUCCUCACCAAAAGGUUGAGAAUGAUUACAAGUUCACAGAUGCGUUCUCUCAUAGUAAAAAAAAGCUAUUAGAGAGUAAUUACUUCAGCUAUUUUGUCAACCCUUCUCUUUAGAGACUCCCUGAGCUUUUAGUAAAUCAUUGACUCUUAUUAUCUCCACAUUUUCUUUCCUGAGCCCUCCAAAAAACGACUAACCUUUUCUUCUUUCCUGCUCUCUGUCCUUUUGAAGAGUCACAUUUGCAUACAUGACUUUAAAUCCUCUGCUGUUGCUUUAUCUUGAAGGGGCCUGAGGUUGUUGUGGACAUGAAGCUGAUUGACAUUAAGGACGCCUUGCCAGAGGGCUUCACACCUGUGGAGGAAACAAUGGACACGAGUAAGUAAACAGUCAGUACCGACCACGAGCUCGCGCCCGGCCUCUGUCUGUUUUUUCACUCUCAGACCAGCUUAUGCAGGAGGUCCUCAGGGGCAGCUUUGCUGGAGAUAGUGAAUGUUUUAUGGGUGCAGGUUAGCUUAAUUUAUGGCAGACUCUGGGAAUAAAAUAAACAUUUUGCCCCGGAGGUACGAGAGGAGAGAAUCAUGAGUCAUUGUUUAUCUCAGCUGGAGCUGUGCUUUUCUUUAUGAGCGGCUUAUUUAUUUAUGUAUUUAUUUGGGGAGAGGACGAGUGGAUGGGGGUUAUCUAAUAUUAAUGAAAUGCAUUCCCCAAUGCUUUAGUGCUUUUUGAGUGCUAUGUAUUUCCCCCUCACUAUCCAUGCCUUGGAAAUGUAAUAAUAUUUUGGUGUGGGGAGUGAGGACAGCUUGUUUAUUAUUUUUAUUAUCAUUGCAUUUACACUGCACUUUCCAGUGUUGCAGGGGAAAUAAAUGAGCGGGGCACGGAUGCAAUAUAGGAAGGCAUGGCGAUGCUUUUUUUGCCCGAAUAAAGAAAAGAGAUUAUGUUUUGUUUGGCUAUGGUGUAAUUUAAUGUUUUAUUACUUUAUGUGAAUCCAUGUUUAAUGUAUACAUGUGACAUUAUGUAUGAGGUCCUAUCUGGAAUAUGCACUUCAAAUCCCUGCUGUGCACUAAAGCUGAUGGAGGAUGCACUUGCUUCUGUCAUUUUACCUACUAAAAUGAUAAAAAUGAUAAUAAUGCAUGUUGAUUUUGUGGCUUUCUGCUGUCCGGUUAUUUCCCUUUGAGCACCAGAGCAGCGACUGAUAUUAGCUCAUCUCUUAGUCGCAGUCCGGUAAUGACUAAAAGGCAAAAGCUAAGAGGGAUUCGUGGAUGUACUGUAUAUAUAUUUGUCCUGGAGCUUCUAUAGAUAUUUCAGCUUGAAACUCAGAGAUGACAGAAUUUGAGAGGCGACAGAGGCUUCCUGUCUGACACCCUCAUGUGUACCUGAAUCAUCAGAGGAAACUGCCAUGAGGAAGAGGAGGCUGUGUGUGAAAAUGAGCCCUCGUACCGCUGCAGAGACGGCUGUAUUUGACAUCCAGAUCACUACCAAGUCCAAGUAUCACCUUGUUAACUACACCUGCAUGGGGUGAGCACCAGGAAUUAUCAUUUUGAUCAUCUGUUAAUAACCAUAAAGGUUAAGUUUGUAAUUUUUCUUUGUACGUCUUUUUUCACAGAGAGAUAAACAACAUGGGGCUUUGGUAUCGUCUAGGAGAUGUUCCCCAACAAAAGUCAACUCAGCAGACCGACAGAAAACCCAACAGUGAGGCUCCAUACACCACAAGACGGUAAUCAAAGUUACAGCUGUGGUUUUAAAAUGAACUUAAAGGUCGAUGUGGUUCAUACCAGAGUGCUGACGGCCAGCAGGGGGCAGCGUAACCGACUGCAAAAAGAAAUCUGACUUUUUAAAAUGCUCUGUAACUACACUAUGUUUGUUUUCAUUGUUGUUGACAAAGUCAUCUCAGAAGUCCCACCCUUUCUUGAACCUGAUUGGCCGUGAUCAUUGACUGACAGUUUUCCAACAUUCAAACUGUUUUUAACGGGGAGUGCAGCGGCAAAAAUUAACUUGAAUAAGCACCAAAAACAAACGCCAGCCUCUUGAAUAUGUGGUCAUGUUGUGCUGUUGGAAAUGUCUGAGAACUGAAACUCCAUCGCCACCACCUGUCAAUCAAAACAAAGACGCAGGAGGCAGGAAUCCAGCAGCACACAUUCACUGUCAUUUAGACGAAUGACAAUCAAGGGUUAAUAUCAGAUAUUGGGCUAUGUGGGCUAACAUUAGCUUAGCCUAAAAUAAAGUGAAACAAAGGAAGCGGUUUAUUGGUCGUUCUCCUUAUUACAUGGUAUUUAACUGCAUGUAUAAAGUCAUCUAAGGUGUUAAAAUUAGACCUUCCUUUACAUUAGGACAUCAUCUCACCAGUAAUAUAUCAUAAUGUCAAUAUUAGUGCUAUAUUCAUGGGUAACUUUAAAUUAUAAAACAAGCUUUACUUAUAAAUCAACAUGCAGUCAUCAUUUAUUUCUAAUGAUGUUCAGAUUUCUGAUUUAUCCACAGCAGCAGCUCUGAGACUCCAGAAAAAUGAGUGAAAGUGACAAAUGUGGACUUCCAUAAAGACUUUUCACAGUGUACAAAAUUACAUCAUGGAUCUCUGGAAAGAUUGCUCUGAUAACACACAUAUUAAUCAAAUUUAAGCACUUUUAUAGAGCCUUAUUAGUGCAUUAACGAGUCUUUAUUACAGUCCUUCAACUAGAAAGUCAUGAUUUAUAAAGAAUUAUACCUCAAAUCAAAACCAACAACAGCGUCUUCUGAAUUAAAACCUUAUAAAUGCUUUAAAAUACUUAAUAAAUGUACUAAUAAUGCAUUAUAAGUGGAAGUGUAUUUCUUAUUGUUCCAAAAUAGAAACUGGAGCUCAUGUACAUCUUGAUUGUAGAUAUUUAAAAUGAAAUUAUCAUGUUUUAAAGAUCCUGAAGGGUUAAAGUGAAGUCAUUACAUUAUGGACAUCAGAAAUGACGCACGUGUCCGUAUUAAUGUCACUGCAGGUGUCAGAAAAGCUCAUUUUGAUAAGAGAUAUUUCUAAUGCUAAUACAGUCCAGGUCUUGAAUAUUUGAACAGCUGGAGUUACUCUAGGCUCCUCUAACAUCUGCGUGGCUUUAGCCUUUCGACUUCAUUCCAAAGUUCCUCUAACUUUCCUUGCUCUUCUGUCUUUUUUAUUUCCGACGCCCUGCAUACUCUUGAGCUUUUUCGUGCGUUUCUCGACUAUAUGUAACAUUGAAGACACCAGCCAUUGAUCAUUCCCGGGCAAUCUGCCGUAAAGGUUGUGGCCGGACAUCGAGGCAGCGAGGGUGAACCGCCGGAGAGACAGGCUAACUAGACAGGAUCUCCUGAACAAGAACAUGAGUUCAAUGAGGGCUAAACUCCUGCUAUUUGCGGUGUGUCCCAGGAGGCAGAGGCAGGCAGGUCUCUGCUCUGACUGUGCGCUGACAGGAACGUUGUACUCUGCAGACAAAGAGGAGGAGAUGUAGCCCGGAGAGCCAACGACAGCUGCAGAGGAAGGGAGGAGAGCUCCAAGAUCUCCGCCACGCCGCCGUAUGUGUGCGUCCCCCUCCUCUGCUCGGGCUUCCUCCGCCUCAGGCCUCAGCGUGAACGGAGCAGCCCUUUGUACUGUGUCCAGAUCAAACAGCUCAAUUAUUUAUCGCCCUGAAGAACGGGGGGGAUUUCCACAGCAAAUUGUAAAUAAACAACUGAGACUCCUUAGGUGUGGAGAGGGGUUUUGGCACCGGGCGCUGAUGGGUUUGCCAGCUUGAAGUGCUAUGCUUUGCCAUCCUGUGCUGGGCUGAGUAAAAGCCACUUAAAAGCCACAACAGGCCAGAGCGGCGGAGCCAGCAGGCAGAUUCAAAACAGAGCUUCUGUUCUCAUGGCCACUCAGCGGGGCGAGAACAAUACAACAGACAAGCCGUGAAUUCAAAACCGGAGUUCAAACCGGGUCGGGUUUGUGAAUCGUCCGUGGUUUUUGCCUGUCGAUGGUCAAUAUUCUUUGAUGGUUUGAAGCGAUGGUGGGCGCUCGGGCAUGUGUACGCCUUCCAAACUCUUACCGGUAAUCCUCGGUUCUUUUGAAGCCCACUUUCAAGUCGGAGAGGCUCAGAGGUUGGAAUAAAUUGCACCUCGGAGCGACUCGCACCCCCUCCUGAUGCCUGCUGAGAUCACAGGCUGCUGUUUUUGUAUUAACAUUAAAAUUCAUUCCACAGUCAGAGAGGCUUCUUUUCAGAGUAUUUCCAUCCAUAAUGCUCUGACACAUAAGGACGGCACUGUGGGCAAUUUAGACAGCGGCAGGUCUUUGACUAUUUAUCUGGCAUCCUUUCUGUGUAGUUACACGCGCUGCAGACAGCCAUACAUAGACAUCUAAGUAUUUCUUUAAAGUCAGAGAUUAGAUGGUUUGACACAGUGAUAUAUAAACAGCCCUUCAACACUCGCUGAUUGCCUAAGUACAGUACUACGGCGUAACCGUGUGUGUAGUCGUAUCACCUCACUCUGCUUUAUUCAUAUUCAGCAGAGAAAACGCUCUGCUCCAUGCCUCCUUCGGGCUAUCUAUAACAACUUUAUGGCCUUUGGAGAAUAGCACCUCUUAAAUUUAAGUGCUCUUUACAGUCAGUGGAAAAGAUGUUUUAAAUACAGUCAAUAAUGUGUAAAUUUUUAAUGACCCUUAUAAUUUUGAAAGCUGCAGUGAUCCCUCUCAAACGUUGAGUUGCCUCAGGCAGCGAGAGCUUGUUAGAGUUGUGUACAAACCUAAACUGCAAAUCAGUUUUUUUUUUUUUCUUCUUUUUUUUCUGUGUUGGAGCGAGCGGAGCAGGCAGUACACAGUAACUGCAGGGUGUUGCAUCAUUAUGGGACGCGCACAGUUACCACAUCAAGGCUGAGGUGCUGCGUUGGAAUUGUUUGUGUAUUGUUUUGUCAGCUAAAAAAACAGUGCAUCUGCAGGUCUUAAAAAGUUUCCUCAAACUUUGAAUUCACUUUCCUCAGAAAACAGACCCCCUGUAGGUGCUACGGAGGAGUCUUCAUUUUAUUCACAAAAAAACAGAUAUAUUGACUUCUGCCGUCCUUCAGCUGUACGGUUUCCUUGGAAAAUGUUUCUGUAUUCGAUUUCAAGUUUGUCUGAAAACUUCUGAACUCAAAGUUAGAGAACACAAAGAGGAAUCUCAGUCCUCGAAUCCUGAAUGUGACUCAGGACCAUCAGAUGUUUCACCAACAUUAGCUUUAGCACUUGCUAAGAUAAACAACAGUAAUGCAGUAAAAGUUACUUUUGAAGCUUUUUUGAGACGACAGGGUAGUGGAUACAAGAAAGAGAAAAAAGUGGGAGAUGACAGGCUGCUGGGAGCCAAGGUGGCAUGUUGUGCUCAUGUUGUGAAAAUGCAAUGAUGCUGUAAUGUAGCUACACAGGCUUUAUUGUCAACUGUACUUUAAUAUAGCUCCCCGACAGUAUAAUCAAAGGUAAACACACAGCAAGAACCUCAUAUACACAUAUAGUACUGUUCCGCCCUGUCUGCUCCGCCAGCUCACCCCUGUCAUAUUUAGAUUUCUACCAUGUGUUAAGGCUUGUCGCUGCAGUGACAAUCACACUGACCUGAGUUCAUUAUAAAGUGAUAUUUAGGACAGUUUUUACCUUUUAUUAGAUCAGAAAAUUGAAGAAAAAUGGGCGUAAGUAGCAGAGAGCGAGGGAAGACAUGCAGCUAACGGUCGUAGAGUUGGAUCACCACCAGCUAAAAUAAGGACUACAGCCUCCACAUGGGAGGUGCACUGACACUGUUUGGCCAACUGGCUUCCAUAUAACUAGUUUUGAUGAGAAACGUGAAUUUAAUUCAAGUCCUCAUCCUUUUUAGAAAACAUGGUUGAUUUAAGUCGUAUUUUAGCCUUUGUGUUGUUUUGGUCUAGAUUCAGUCUGUGUAACUCAGUUUUCAUAUUCACCUGAUUUCAGUCAGAAUUGGGUUUAUUACCAAGUAGGUUUACAGAUGUGAGGAAUUUAUCUCAGUGAUUUGGUGCUUAAAUAGUGAGCACAGACUAAGAAUAGAGAAAAAAAAUCAAGAUUAGAAAUAAAAACGAGCAAUAAACUCUCAUGAAAGGAGUACUUUACCAUAUAUAGAAAAAGUUAUUAAAACAGUAAAAAAUAUACAAACAUUCAGACUCUUAUUUUCUGCUUCAUGUUAUAAGAUUGUGUCCCACUCAUCCAUCAAUCAGAAAUUCAGAGCAAAACAUGAAAAAAUGAUCAAGUAUGUACGCUAAUAAAUGAGCUGAAAGUGCACUAAGAUAUAAACAAAUAAGAACUUAUCAUUUAAAAUUAAAGAUAUGUAUAAAAGGAAAGUCUGUAUAAACUGAACCUGACUAAUAUAUACAGCUCCUACAAAAUUGCAGGAUAUUAGUGCAAAAUCUAUACGUACUAUUAGAAAAUAACAGAGAAUGCAAAAUGAGUUAGCUGUCACACAGACUAGAAGUUUCAUACAGGUGCUUCAACUGAGAAGUCAUCUCUUCCUCUACUUGUGGUUUGAAUAAAAAGAAAACCUUAAAAUUGUGAUAAAUCAUAUUUAAAUAAUGUGUUAAGUGUAUAAAAUGUCUGAUAUUAGUGACAAAUGUUCACAAAAACCUUCCACAGCUCAAAGUGACACUUUCAAAAUGCUAACGGUUUUAUUUCCAAGAGUUAAAAUCACAACAAAAACUGUAAAUCUUCCCAUUCGAGCAGCUGAAUCACUUUCCUUUGAUUACUAAUUGAUUAUCAGCUCUGAUAGAAAUAAAUCAUUUUAAACUGUUUUCUCUAUCAACCCAUUUCCUGUCGCUUUUCCAGGUCGAGGCCCCAUCAGGGAGAUUAAUCUGAAGAAGUGCUGAAAAACUCUUAUUUAAUAAUCCUGGAAUCUCAUGAAUAUCAAGUUUUUAGUUUAAUAUUUCCUAUUUUUUCAGACCUGAAUUAAGACGGUCCCUAAAAGUCUGAGUGCAGAAACCCGGGGUUGAAGUGACGGGACGGUUACUCCCUCUAAGUUUUCCGGCAGGAUGAAGGAUAAACUCUGGAUGGUUGAUAGUUAUUUCUUAUUGGCUCAGGCUGUCGCACCAUAUUGAGCCACUAAAGCUGUUGGGGUGCAGACCCAGACCUCUUAGGCGGCCUGCUGUGCAAAUGCAUUUCAACCUUGUGUGUUUAAUGUCUCUUUAUCAGGUUUGUCUAAAGAGCUUCAACCAGCCGCGGCGCUCGGUUUUGAUUCAUCGCUGCGGCUUGAUGUCAACCACGUCGGCUUGUUCUCUGUCAAGAUGGACCGUAUCAGCCGCUCCCUGACUUUAUAAUGUGGAAAACAUGCGCCAUCCGGUCAGCCUUUUAAUGUGUCCAGUAAAGUAUCCCCCUCCUUCCUUCUCCAGGCCAACGCUGCCAUUUGUUCUCCUGAUAAAACUGUCAUUGCUGAGGCUGAUAUCUGACCUCUACACUGACUGCUAGCAUAAAUUAGCCUUGUCCUAAUAUUGCAAUUUCUUUGGCUUUCACUCAGAAUCAAGGUUUUUGACAUUUCUCUUAGAAUAAUAGGCUAUUGUACACACGGGCACUUUUUAAAUCAAACUGUACGGCGAUAAAAACGUCACCGCCGAGUGUGUCUUUCUUUUUUUUAGCUUUGCUGUAGGAACACGUGAAGCCCAGAGAGUCAUCAGUGUCAGGAUCGGCGUGCGUAUCGAUAGGUUUCGGGUUCUACCUGUGACACUCUGCAGGAGCAUUGUCGCAGCUUUCAUUGCUCGCUGGUUAACCAAGACUUCCCACCGCACAGGACGCGUGAGGAAGGGGGGAAAAAAGACACGGCGACUGUCAGUGUGUCGCAGGAGAACAAUCACCCCCCGCUCAAUCUUCCUCAUUACUUUGUUGUGUUCAGAAAAGUUGCCAAAAGUGGCAGAGAUCAAACAAAGACGCGGCGCAGCCCUGCCAGCGAUGAUCGAGUGAUCAGCUGAGAUCUGAUGGGCUCCGACUGCUCGGUGAUUUCUGCGCCAUAUUCAGAGAGAAAGAUCCUCCUUUUCAAUACCUGACACCGAGCUUAAAGGAGGAUAAUGACGGGUGAGGAAGCAGCUCCCACAAAGCAGCGCUGUCGGCACAUAGAGGAAGGUGUGGAGAUGUUGUCACGGGGACGGCUGGAUGUGUGUCAAAACAAGAGCUUCUUGCACUCGGGCUCUUCAGCGAUAUUACUCUCAUUCUCAUCUUUACCUCUUCACUGACGACUGCACGUCUGUCCCCCCCCUCUCUCUUUCUCUCUUUUUAAAAACAAAGGAAAUCUGUUGAACUUCCUCCCCCGUCAUCAAUAAACCUUCAGUGUCAUGGUUCGCUCUGCCGCUCUAAUAUCAUCAUUUUGACUUCCAGAUUUCCUGGGAACACAAGACUCCUGAUCUGCGUCGUAAUUGCGUAAAUCCACCAGGCCGUGUUCCCAGUUUUCCCGUAAUUUGAUGAGGAACUGCACUAUAAUUGAAUAUUCAAAUUAGGAAUAUGUGUCAAUAUGGCUCUCCUUGCCUGAAAUGAGGAUUAAUUGUUGUCAAAACUCCAGUGGCCGCCGUAAUACGAGCCCCCAACACUGGCGUUGAUUAGCAAAUGCACUUGCCAUGUUUUUGUUUUAAGAAUUAGUUGUCUAAUUGAUUUGCCAUAUGUUACCCUCUCCAAUGCAGCUAAAAUUGUAUUUAGAAAUCAGCAAUUUGGAUUGAGACAGUUUUGUGCUUCAAACAGAUGGGGGAGCAGCCCUGGAGGUUGCCUGUAGGAAAACAUUUCAUGAGCACAUUUUCCUCCUUUAGCGCCAAGUACCACUCCGAGUUUCACACAUCCGCAGAUAAAUACCCCGUUUUCUUUUGUUUUUUCUUCGUACUUCUUUAACGAGGCAAACACAGACGAGGUAAAGAGUCGUUCAGACCGUCCCCUCACUUUAUCAGUCCACGCUGGGACGUCUCCACGCUUUGAGAGAUGUGUACCUUUCUUCCUCAGCAGUGGAGUCAACCUUUGAAAGGUAAAAGAAGUCUGCGCUGAAUAUGGCAAUCGUUCCCACAAGAUUGAUGCCAACCUUUUAAAAAUUCACCAUUGGCCUGGAUUUAACAUGGCCAAAUGCUGAUGUAAAUGAGGAGGGGAAAAGUCGACCCUUUCAUUGCAAAUAAAUCUGAGUUGCAGGCUUCGGCUCAUAAAUACCACAGCCUGUCAGAAGUCUUGUUUUAUUGCUCUUGAUGGAAAUUAUUGCUUUUAUUUAUCUCAUGCAAAGAGAUAAGGCUCUGAACGCCACAACUCAUGUGCCGCUGCAGCAAACCUGGAAUAUGCAGAUCUGCAUUUAGUCUUAAAUUCCUGGAGUUUUGAUUUACCGCUCCUUCAAACAAGCGAGGAAUUAUUAUUUGAUCCAUAAACAGGGAAAUGCACAACAUGAUGCUCAAAACACACUUCAUUAUUUGCAGCUGCCCUAAAAUCUGUCUCCUGCACUUCUUCUUCUUCUUCUUAACAGCAAACUUUAACGCCUGCACGUCCUCCAAUCAGACAGUCCCCUCUCUUAAUGAUAUCCCCGACUACUUUGCAUUAUCAUUAUAAGAUCAUUUGUUUUAAAAUGCCAUCGCGGAGCUCAUUUUACCUUCAGAGCAUGUCAUGUUAUGCAGCUCUGUCGAAGCCGUGCAUUUUCCCCUCUCUGCUUGCUGUGGAUUUAUCGAUCCGUAGGGGUGAGUCACAGGGUGUGAUUCAUGAUAGCUUGAUUGAUGAGGAUUUCAAUCUUAUAUGGUUUGUUAACUUCAACUGCCCACAAAGUGCAUUCUGUGCUGUUUUCUGUAAUACAAGGCCAUGAAACGAAGGAGGGGGAAAAAACAGACUUCCCUUGAAUAAUGGAAUCUCUCAGUUCCUCCAGAAUUAACAAGAUCCUGCUCCGAACCCCCCGUUAAAGGUCUGUUUGAGCCCCUGGGCAGCCGAGGCACGGUUUAACUUUUACCAUAUUCCUCCUCUCCACAUUCAUCUUGUUAUUUCUGUUCUGUGUUUUGCCUUUGGACAGAUAAAAAAAAAAUCUUUUAUUGAGGGAGUUUCCUUGCUUCAGUGCUGAAACAAAAUCUCUGGCAUUAAAUUUUAAUGUCUGAGAGAAAGUGCUGUAAAUACGGGGGGUUCUUGUCAGAUAAACAGGAAACUAAAACUGUGUAUGUUUUUAGCAGGAUGAUCAAUAAAACAACAAAAACACUGAUCAGUUUUACUCUGUUUCCUCCAACAGGAGGACCACAAGCAGGCCGGACUCCGAGCAGCAGGGCAGUGGGAUUUACACCCUGACAGGUAAAUAGGAGGGUUUAAUAUUUGAUGUGUGGGUAUGAUAAUCCUGUAAAUUCUGGAAAAACAACAACAGUGCAUGCAUUUGACUUUUCUUCCUGGAGUGUCUUAAAAACCUGAAAUCCCUCAAAUCUCUAAAAACCAAGGCUGGAAGGUCCUGGAAUUAAAUAACAUUAAUAUUAUAAUAUACUAUGAUAGCACCAUUGAAAAUGAGAAAUCCUGCUUGUAUUUCCAUUAGAUCCUGCUCUUUAAAGGUGUAGUGUGUUGUAUUGAGUAGAAAAGGAAUAUAAUAUUAAGAAGUACAUUUAAAGCUCCAGUAGGGAGUUUUUAGGUGGUUAAUUAACAGACUAAAAUUAACAGUCGAGCUUGAUUAUGAUCUACAAAAGCAAAAAAAGACUAUUUUGAAAAUGUUUAUGAUUUCUACGUCUUAGUGUUUAAUGCCUGUAGCUGCUGCACAGGGGGUAGGUGUCGAUUUGGUGUUUAAAUGACUUUGUUUAUGGCAAAUAUUCAUAUUAAGUGAUGCAUUUCACUGACAGUUUAAUGUCUGACUUUUUGUCUGAAUUACAUCCUCCUUUUCCUCCUAUGUAAAGCAGACUGUUAGUAAAGGUAUCACUUUGUUCACACUAACUAAGAGUUCCCUACAGGAGCUUUAAAUCAGCAUAUAAUCAUCUGAAUACAAGAAUAAGUUUGUUUUUUGUUCCACUUUUAUGAGAUUUUUGCUGAUUAUAAAACAGACUAACACAGUGACCCCUCUGUGUGACCUAAAAGAGCAGAAAAAAUCAUCUACAACAAAACUGACAGGCCCUUAUUGUAAUUUUUAAUACCUGUUAUCACCAUAAGGGGGAGCUGGAGGUGCCACAUCUGCUAAUCGACAACAGAAUCAGACUGUUUACUUUCUACACAGCUAAGAUUAAAAGUCAGUGAAAUAAGAAUUUAUUGUCAGUUACAUUACAGGUCUUUGUCCACAGGGGGGCGCCAAAACAGACACUGACAGAAGUUUCUCAUUGGAGCUUUAAAAUGAGCGGUUAGCCUGUUCUCGCAUUUUGCGCCACAAUUUUUCUGCUACAGCACAGAACAGACAAACUAGUAUAAUAAGUGUUUUUGUAUGAAGUGAGAAACAGAAGAAAGUGUACCGAUGGGUGAUUCUGUGAUAAUUAAUCGAUGUGUGACAGGUGCUUUUUGUCCUCUAAGGCCACCGUAGCUUCAGUGACAGGAGGGGUGAGCAAGGGAGUAUUCUAAUCUGGUUACACAGGUUAUCACUUAACAUUCCCUUGUCUACACCUUUGAAAAUGAAUAAAAUCCAAACAAAUCUUUAUGUAGACACAUGGAGGAUGAAUUUUUAUGAUAUUAGAAGUGAGUUUAAAUUUUUAGGUGUUGUUUGAUGCUCAGAGUGGAUAUAUUUUUUACAUUUUUGCUGUGCUCUAGAUUAUAAUGUAGUGACCCUUUGUUAUUUAUGGUUUUAUUUUGAAUAACUUUAAAUUAGGAUUCAUCUAAAAUACGGUUAAACUUCCAAAUGAGGAAAAUGACAGAUAUACACUAAAGACUGUUAUUAUAGUUUUUAUUUAGGAUUGAUUUAAAGAGAAUCGCACAGAUUAAUGUUUUUAAAGGGUUAAAUGGAGGAUUCGUGACUUUUGAGCAAGAAAACAGUGUUUGAUCAGAGAAAAGGUUCACUGCUUCCUGUUGAAGCUGAAGUCUUUAGCUGCGUCUGUACAUGAAGGCGGCUCCUGUGGUACUUUAUCUACAAACGCUCUACGUCGAGAUCCCCUCACUGAUGGAUACUGUUCAGAGCUUUGCUUAUCAGAGCCAACGUGACUCCCAGAGGAGGAGCGUCUAACACUCAAGAGAACAUUUAACAGCUGUCAAAGAUGAUCCAUCACGUGCCAUACUUACAUUUGUAUGUACCGUACACGCACUGGAAGAAUCCCCCUCUCUUUUGUCGAGGAGAAACUCAGCUAAUAGCACAACGCUCGGGGACUGAAACAGAAGAAAGGCUAAUUCUUUAGGAAGCAGAGCUUAGCAGUGACAGCCUCAGAGACACGGAGUCAGAGCCGAGCCGAGCCGAGCCGCUCCAGUCUUAACAGAGUGUGUGUGAUCCACAUGAGGUGAAGGAGGGAGGCAGGUUUUUAUCCAGCUGGAGAGAGACACCAUGUGGUGAGGAUUCCUCCUGCUGCUGAGGCACACCCAGACUGUGGGGCCACGUUACAGAGCAGCCUGCCUUCUUAAAACACAGGCAGAGCUGUUAAACAAUGCUGAGGUGUGAGAAAGAUGAAGUACAAACCGGUUUUACACAAAAGGAUUUAAAUAUUUCGGUUUAUUCCUCCUCCUGCCUGAACCAACAAAAUAAUUAUUCCUCCACUAAUUGCCCCAAAAAUGAUGAAUCCAUCAAUGUGAGGGCGUGACAGUCGUGUUAUAAGUUAGUGGAGACAACUGUGCAGAGUGUGGCCCUGAAGGAGCCGACAUUAACACACAGCUGAGCGCUUUGUGGCACUGGGUGUGCGAUUCCUCCGCUGGGACGGCGUUUGAGUGACAGUGAAGAACAUGCACAUACUGUACAGGACGCUGCCAGCGCUCAUCAUUUACCCGCAGAAAAACUGUCCUCUCUCUGCUCUACCUUCAUGUGUCCCUUUAAGGAAAAAAGGAGGAUAAUGGAGUUAGCUGAAGACGCUGGAUUUCCUCCGAUUGUGUAUUUGUCGUCAGUCCUGCAGCUCCCCGCUGUGCAUGUGAGAGAAGCAACUUCCCCUUCAUUAACAAUGUGGUAGCCUGCGGACCAAGUGUGAGGUCGUAGCCGACAGCCUAUUUGUGUUAAUUGUUAGCGCUGGUAGCUCUGGUGCAUGUGUGUGUGUCUGUGUCAGUGUGUGUGUGUGUGUGUGGGUGGUUGCAUGUGCCCGCAUGUGUGUGUGGGCUGACAGCUGGCCAGGUUCGAGUUGGUCUAAAACCAUGUGCGCUCUGUCAGGGUUGUACAGGCGCCUUCUUUAGGAUUGAUGAAUUGCCUGCUUUCUUGAUUAAACCCUCCGUCACUUCCCAACAAAACAAAAAACCCAACACACACACACUCUCUCACACACACACACACACACACACGAAAAAAAAAAAAAAAAGAGCGGGCGAGUUGAGGGGAGGAGAGGUAACAUGUCUGGGAAAUCUGUCAUCUGCAGUCACAUCAUGUACAGAUGUGGUGUGCAGGCGCUUUGACAUUUAUUACAAGAAUAUUAAAAACUAAUCCACAUUUAUUUCGCAGCCCUCCCUCACUUGACAGUUCAAGCUCAUUGGAAAAGUUAUCAAGUUCUCAUCGCAGCUCCAAACCUUUUGAGCUUCUCUUCCCCCCACGCCAAGUCCCUUUGCCAAUUAGGUCUGUUAUUCCUGCACUGACAGGACAGCAGGAUAUUUUAAAGGUGAUUACGUUUGCGUGUCUAAAAAGCAUUUGUUUGAUAAGAAUAAAUGCAAAAACCCAGAAAUGGAGUCUAAAAUAAAUCCGCGCAGUCUCCCUUCAUUACCUGCAGAACAACAUACAGUAUUCAGCAGACACCCGGCUGAUAAAAAGGUAAACGUAAUAAAAAGUAAUACAUUUACAUAUCUAUCACAUUAAUCAAAAAUAAAUCCUGACAUUGGCCCUGAUCUAACGUAAUAUGGAGAGCAAUUAUUUCCCUAUCCAUUAGAGGAACUUCAAUUAACAGACGGGAGACAGUUCAUCCUUCAGAGGAGGAGGAGGAGGAGGGAAAAAAUAGGAGGCUCAAAAUUAACUUGGGUUUGCAAAAUAUCUUGGCAGAGUGACAGUGAUUUUUGAUUUUCAGGAAACAAUAUUAGAAUUCUUAUUAAACUAUGUGCAUCUGCUUUUAAUUUGCCGCAAAUAAUUGGAAAAUGCAAUGGAGCUUUCCAAUUAAAGCUCCACUUUAUGCUGUUUAAUAAUACCCUCAUAAUAUUAUAGCUUAUGAAAUGACAGGUGAGUUGGUGUAUGAAUAAAACAUAAAGCCCCGUAAUAAGAGACAGAAAGGAGAAAAAAAAGAAAAAGAGGAGACAGUUGUUGGGGGGCUUUUAAAUGCUCGACAUAAUUUGCAUAUAUUAAUCUCCUCUUUUCAGCCUUAUCAAGUAUUCCACUGUAUUUGAAGUUAAAAUAGUCGUGACAGGCAGGGGUACGCUUCGUUUUUCCAAGGAUUUAUUACUUGUAUAAUUCUGGAUCUUUAAUAAGCCAAUAUGACUGAUCCUCUGAGUUCUGUGGAAUUUGGUUAAUUGUUCCAGAUGGUGCUCACUGAUUAUGCAAAAUUACUUUCUUUCUCCUCUUUUUCCCCCAACUACACCAUUUUUUGAUUGACUAACAUGGAGAAAAAAGAUUAUUUUUGGCGCAGCACUUUCAUUAAGAGGGUUCUCAUCAGGUUUCAAACAAAAGUUCCAUCUUAUCUCCCCGUGUAGUUCUGGGCGAGGCUGUGCAGAAGGAGGGAAAAGGAGGAGGAGGAGAAGGAGGAGGAGGAGGAGGAGAUCAGCUCGCUCUUAUCUUAAAACGUGAUGGAUCUCAACUGCUUCUGCACCGCCGGGGUUAUAUUUUAGAAUAACACAAUUCUUUAGGCUGAGGGAUUAAAAAACACGACCCCUGGAUUGCCACAGAAAAAGUUAUUAUUAGUGUACGCUCCUCUUCUUCUUCUCUCUUUUCUCUCUCUCUUUCUCUCGCAGAGAUUGAUGAAAUUACUAAGCAGCAGGGCCGGUCCUCCAUUGCAGCUCCGUCUCCGUCCACAACUCACUAACAUUCUGUUUUGCAUCAGCUAAACUGAGCUGAAUGAAUCAUUUAUGGAAGUGUUAUGGGGGAGUAUGGGGCAGAUUUACUGCCGAGCUUUUACUUUAGAUGGAAUGGGAUUUCUAUGAGGCCGAUCUUGAUGUCUGAAGUAAUGCCAAAGCUUACAUCAAGACAUGAAAGGAGCGCUCUUAAAACCCACGUUUUGCUUCUUAAUUCCCCUGGUCAGCAAAAGGCGAACAGAGCGGGAGGGAGGGGUUCAGCGAGAGAAUAGUAUUUACACCUAAUGUAUUCUCACACACACACACACACAAACCUCAAAAGCUCUACUACACCCAGCAUCUAAUGACAUAAAGAAAGGCUGAAUUUCUCCUCUGCUAUUUAAUGGCUGGAAAAUUACACUCAGUUUAAAUCCUCCUGUUUUUGCUCGUGUGUCUUCGGAAAUGAAACAAAAGGCCAAAAAUCACAGAAAUAUAGAGCAUAACGACAAACAUAAGGAAGGUUAGGGAUGUUUCAGGAUUAUAGGAGGUGAGAAGUUACUUUUAUUUAUCUGAACUGUUUAAGAUUUAAAGGUUUAUUUGGAGAUCUUCAAAUCAGACAAAGGGAUCAGAGUCUGCGAUUGUGUGUUUGUGCGGAUGUUUUAAGGCUGUACCUGUAGAUACAAACCUCUCGAUUUAUUGUGUUUCUUCAGUAACACAAUUGACCCGCUACUCUUAUAUUUACAGACACACACAAAAAAAACAUCAUUUAAAUCUACCAAAGACCAUAAAUGUGUUACCGACACUCAUUCAUGCAACUAAAAAACAUCUUAGUGAACAUAACUGAUUCAUCUACGUUUUGUUUUGAUUAUAUCUGCAGGAUUUUUAGCUCCUUUUAAAGAAUAUUUAAUUAUUUGUAACAUGUAAAAGAAAGACUGUUAAUGUAGAGAAUAAAAGGAGUUUACACCAACCCUGAAAUUUACAUGAAAAUAUCCAGUUAUCAACUUUUAAAGUCAUUAUCCACCGAUACUGAUACCGUGCCGAUAAUUUUUGUGCAUUCUUAGAUUUGAAUGAACUAAAAGUCUCUUAAUCAACUUCCUUUCCGCGGGUCAAAGUCACUUUCUGACUUCAUUUCGAACCCUGAGUAAAAAUCCGAGGUUUAGAUCCAAUCCUGCAUGUUUUAAAUCCACUAAUACUUCAUAACUCUUACAGACCAUCAGGGUCAUGAUCCAAACAUGAUCGAUCCUGUGACGGUGCCGUUAAGUAUUUGGGGAUCAAUCCUGAGUGAAUCGUAAUGGGAUUUUCUGACUGGAGCCUGGAGACCCUCGGGCAUUUUUGGACCUUUAUUACAGUCAAAUGAGUGACUUUAAAUGGCUUUGCAUUUGCAGGCCAGACCGGACUCUGGAGUCUCAUCCCUCAUUGCUUUCUAUCCAUCCCUGAGAUAGAGGCAGUGCUCCAUUAGUUUCAGUGUCCAGACGUGGACAGCCUCAAUGGAUGGGCCUGUCACUGCUCCCUCAUUUGCCCCGUGUACAGCAGGGUUUGUUAUCACACAUCUAAUUAGAACUUGAUAAAAAAUAUUUCACAAAAAAUCCAGUCAUUAAAUAUAGUUUAAGGAGAUUUAUGGUGGAAUAUGCCUUAAAGAUCUUUUAAUGGCUCUGCUGACUUGUUAAGUUUGUAAUUAAUGAUCUUCUAAUACAUACUGUGGUGUGAUUUAGAAAGCACAAUGAGAUUCUGGGAAUGAAGUCGUUUUGGAAAAGGGCAUCUGGGGCUCCCAGAAGCUGUGUUAAAUAGUUCAGCUCAGACUGGUUUCCUCAGAGCCGUGAAGUCUGCUGUGAAAAAGUUCAAACGCAUCAGCGUCUUCAUGCAGAUGAGGCUCUUUUUUAAGAAACAGCGCCUGAUUAUGGAGCUGUUGCUUUGUCAUUUUAUAAUGGUCAAUUAGUGUGUUGUACAGAAAAGCCCCCGCGCUCCUCUUUAGCGGUGAAUUCUGAGAGUCUAACAGUUUGAUUGGAGUCUUUUCAAAGUCCACAUUUCCAAAUGUUGUAAAACUAAUGAGCGAGCGUUUAUGUAUCCGACUGUAAAUGCAUUAUACUUAUAACGGCGGCCUGUUUCAUCAGGAGAGUAAUAGCGUCCUUAUUAGCAUAAUUAAUGACAAAUGGCAGCGCAGCAUUGGUGGAUUGGUUCUAGGGGAUGAUAAAUUGGUGAAUGCCCAGGUUAGUGGCUGCCAAGGAGGCCUCUUUGGCUGUCAUCCCUCCUGCUUCCACUCUGGCACAGUUCAUUACUCACCGUGUGAGAUGCCACUUUACAUUGCCCGGUACUGUGAGCAUGGAGAACUUAAUAACGCCACCCAAAACCGCACAGGGCCUGCCGCUUUACCCCCGGUCCAGAGGGCGGGCAGCUCAGCCAGGACGAGCAGGUCGACCCGGGAACCGUCUCCUGAUCGCGUAUCAGUGGGCGCUUUAAGGGAGCCGGGGCCGUACGACCCGGUCUCCAGCGCUGGUGAGUGUUUCUUGUUAGGAUUUCUGGGGCCCGCCACAUCCCUCGCAUCAUUACGGGUUAGUUUGCCCACAGAACCGCUAAUUAAGAGGGGAUUUGUGUAAUUGUGCCUUCUGCUGUGUCCCAUCCGGCACAUGCAAUUUACUGUCAGCCCUCUGCCAGCUCUUACACUUGUCCAGAGAGGCGUACCCCAUUUAUACACACAUUCUGCUGCACAUUACCAGCAGCCACAGCUGGGGAUCGAUGCCAGUGCCAUGGCAAUGUCUUAAAAGACUCUGUGCUGCUGAUUAAAGUCUGAUUGUCCAUUUAAUUUCAUGAGAGCUCUCAAUGGCGAGCCAGAAAACGGGGCUUUCCCAGUAAUUCUGCAGAGCUGCUUUUUAAAAACGGUUUAGGGGUUUUGUAAUCUCACCAAAUCAUAAAUGCCGUACUUAUACCAGUGAGCUUUUACUGUAAAUGCAUAAUGUAUGCUACAGUAAGGCUGAUGUGGAGGAGUAACCACACACGUACGUACGCACGCACGCACGCACGCACCUCCUCAGAAAGAACAGUCGCUGUUAUGCAGCGCUGUUUGUGGCCAACUCACCGUAGGUGUUUCUGGCUCUGCCCACUUUCUGGAAGACUGAUGGACCAGCUCCCGACUGGGACUGCCUCCUGGCUCCCGACCCACAACCAGAUUUCAAGAAGUGCUUGUCACAGAUGGAAAAGUAAGUGGGUCAUUCUGCAUAGGCUUGCCGUUUUGCUUCCCUCUGGUAUUAAAAAAAGGUAAAUAUGAUCACUUUUGUGUCGUCCUCGUUUUCUGCAGUCUGUAUUUAGUCUUUAAUUGUUUCUAAUGUGCACAUAAAAGCCGAGUUUGUUGGUCAGUUUAAUACAUUUCACUGAUGCUGUUAAAAUCCUAUAAAAACAGCCAAAAAAAGUGGAUUUUCUGUUUGGAAAUAUUCAUCAAAGUGGACACGCUGCAGCCUUAUGUAAAAUAAUUCAGCUCCUCUCUCCUCUCUUCCCUCGGUGCUUCUCCUCUCUUCUCCUAAAGUCUGAGUCUGUAGCUUCCCCAGACUGCACAUUAAUUCACCGGACGCCUCGCAUACUUCUGCAGGCAUCAAGAAACAUUUAUAUUUGUUUACUUUUUGAACACUGGAUUGGUUAAAAUGAAUAUUUUAGUGUAAACUAACUGACCGUCAGAUUCCUGCAGACACGUCGCAGAGACGGUGGAAAGCAGCUGCAGAUAAUCAGAAACGCUCAGCGUCAUUCCAGCGAGUCAUAUUUUCGUGUCAGAGUUAUAUGCUCUUUCAGGACGUUAAUUAACCAGCCGGUAAACAUUUAAAUAAUUCAAAAGUUACACUUCCACUUUUGCGGGAGAGAUUUUACUACGUCUGGAAGUUUUUUUCUCUUUUUUUCACUCGUCUGUCGAGAGGGUUUGAAAAAGUGGGCAAAGAUAAAAGAAAAAGAAUGGGUUUCAUCGAGCCGUAGUCAUUAAAAGAAUCUGAAAAUAGCAACUCGCUAUCAUCUGUUCUCAUAGCACGGGUCAGGAGCUCUGACACCUCCAAAAUUCCUCCUGUCAGGGUAGGGGGCCAUUUGUAUUCUCUCUCAUUAGGCAAUUUGACUAAUGACCUGCCGCGGCUGCAGAGCUACUGAGGGACCCGGAGCCUCGCGCCCUCUCCCUCGCAGCCGCCUGAACACACACACCCUCUAUUGGAAUGGCACAGAUGGCGUGCCCGGGCGACAAAAUAAACUACAAUAUGUCUCCGAGAUGCUGUCAGGCCUGGGCACUAUUCCUCAUGUCAGAGUGGGGCUAAGGGCUGAGUGGGCAUAGGGGGUCCUCCUCCAGCUCUCUGUUCAUCGACUCACCAUUAUCUGCAGAGGUGACAGAGAGAGCGGGGUCUGCAACUAGAAUAGCAUCUCCAUGGCCUGCAUAAAGAAUCCGCCUCAAAUUGAGAGUCACGCCGACAGGGAAGGGAUUGCUCUGUCUAGCCCGGCUACACAAAGAGGAAAAGCCAACAUCCAAUUGUUUGGGAUAUUAUGAGAUGCAGCAGGAUCCAGAUCGAGCGCUAACCUGUUUUUUUCUUUGCUUUUGCUCGUUAUUUCUUAUUGUUUUUCCGUGGCGAUAGAAAGCAGCUCAAUCAUGAGUAAAAGUUGUUAUAGAUUCUCGUUCCCCGGCUCUGACUUUCUCACUUCAUUCAGGUGCGAAACGGAUUCACCCAAGUAAUGGCGCCAGACAGAGAUCAAUGCAAUUCAGCCGAAUUAGUGAAGUGUAAAAUAAAAGUUCAUCAACAUUCCUAAAGUGUUACUCUUCAGGUAAUAUGUGGUAUGCUCGAUCACCCACGCAUAUUUUUCCAUCAGUCAGUGUCGGAGCACAAACUCGCCGUGGUUUAUGUGUGUGUGCAUGAACACGUCUGUUAGCGCCCUGGAAAAUGCAAUGUAUGGCGCCGCCAAAGUCCUGUGUGACAGUGCAUCCAACAAUGGAAGAGUGAGGGAUUAGUGCUCAGCCCAGCGUACGAGGGAGCCCUUCCCGCCCUGAAACAGCCAUUCAUCUGUGCCCAGGGGCUGCAGAUGACAAUGCAGCCAUUGCUCAUCGCACCUGACGGAGCCAUUAAUAAGGCAAUGAUCCACACGGGCCCUGUGCUGACUCCGUUCUUUACACUACAAUCACUCAAGCCACAGGGUCCUCCUUACUUAACGCCACCUCUGCGUUCACCGCCAUCAUCAUCAUCAUCAUCAUCAUCACGGUCGCUGUACUAAAAUUCCUGCCAGAUGUUUUCAUAUUGACUGCGCUCGCAGACUCCAAAGCCAAAUAAGAACCCAAUUCCCCGCUCUGCACUACAGUCAUGAGUUAAUGGACUGUAGCCGGGCUGUUGGAGCGGCCAGAACAUGCUUCAUAGCGAGAUUCCUGGUCAGAAGAUUGGAUUUACAUUAUUUCUGCCCUUUACACCUUUUGUAUUUCUCCACGGUCUCCAUUUCUUACCACCAAGUCAUCUCCGGCGCCUCUCCAUUUGUCUGGAUGUGAGAUAGCUGCUCCAGUAUAGAUGGCGCAGGAAUACAAAGUAAGAUCUGGUUUUAAAUGUAAUCCUUGAGCAAUAAAGAAACUCUCUGGCCUUCAGCGCCGUGCAUUCAUCUGUCCGCGCCACGCAGAUCCAUCAGCCGCUACAAUCUCAGCUUCCAGUAGCCGGCUCCUGAUCCUAAUGUAUUCCCGCCGCCUAUCUCCGCCUGGUGUUGGUGCUCCCAGCGACACAGGACUGCAUGUUUAUUCACUGGUUUUAGGGGCUUAAACAAGUCAAUGUUGCCACCCUGCUGCAUCGGUUUACUCGCUGCUCCAGAGACCGACUCAUCUCCUACAUGAUUGCAAAAAGGGGGCUGGGGUUCAGCAUCUUUGAACAUUUUUAGCCAUGCUGGCACCGGAGCUCUGGGGAUUGAUAAUCCGGCCUUGAGACCGGUUCAUCAUUUGGUUGAUGGGUCCGACACUUGCCCCCAAAUUGCUUCAUGUCAACAGUUUUUUGAUGGAUUGUCAGGAAAUGUUGAGACAUGCAUGGUUCCCAGAGGAUAAUCAUGCAGGAGUUGGUCAUCUUCCAGUGAGGUUGAGAUUUGUGGUUUUAGAAACAUUUCAAGUAUUUAAUGAUUCUUACUGAACAUGGAGAAAACUCUUUGAAUUUGGUGCAACUGCAGAAAUAAUUUAAUCUCAAAAACAAAAAAGAAAACGCAACAGUAGAAAUUAAAUGCAGAGGAAAUCAGCAGCUGCAAAAACAGCAUUAACAGCAAACAUGCUAAAGUUACCGUAAUUCACAAAUAAUUGCCGCAAAUAGCCGCCCGGUUCUUUUAAACUCCUGGGGUCAGCACCCCGUUAGCGUAUUAAUCGCCCACCCUCAUAACCCCUGAUGUUAUUAUUUGCAUUAUUAUUUUUGCAGAAGUAAACAGUCGGCACUUCUGUUUUCUGUCAAAAUAAGAGAACUAGCUAACGUUAGAAAUACAGUUUACAAAGAUACAAAGAUACAAAAUCAGAAAACAGCAGAAAAAAGUAAACAGAUGCAGAUCAAGACUUUAGUUCCAGUCCUGCAGGAAACAGCUGAGAGGAGACCUGACUCUGAACAAAGAGGCGUGUGUUAGACCGUGAACAAUGACCAAUGAAAGAGUUAAAAAAAAAAAAAAAAGAUCAGCUGAGAAUGCGCCCGUUUUCCCCGGAGACUUCAGCAAACCUUGAACUGAUGUUGAAGUUGGAGGAUCACUGAGUUUUCCUUCAACCAUAGACUGAACAACAGUGUGGCAUCAUCACCCGCUGGUAUCUGAGAUGUUUCGAAGUCCCACGAUGGUGGUGACCACGUUGGAAAUGCUGACUCAGCAAAAGAGGAGACAAAGACUUGCAGUCGUGGUCUUUCCACUUGGCAAACAGCUUCUGAAACCUCACAGGAUAUGUGUGCGCUGAGUUCUGGUUUUGCUCCGUCUGUGUAUGAUCCUGUGUCUAACUGAGUAUUUUACAUAUUUUACAUUUUACAUCUGGGUGACUAUACGUCCUCUUUUACCCAGACAUGACCUCUUUUUUUGGGGAAGUCUAUAAAAUCCUUCAAAUGUCCGCUGUUUUGUACGAGAGUUUCGAUUUUGUGUCACAUGGACUUACUGAGUUAGAAGCGCAUAAAGACACUCGAUCCGAAGUGAAAAACUCUCAAAAUUACCCUUGUUCGACUGUGUGACUCCACCCUCAUGUAGUCGUGUCGUCUUUUUGGGAAGUCAGAAUAUGGUCGCCCUAUUAUACAUGUUUGUUAAAAUCUCGAUAACCCUCCUGUGAUCACUUUAACCUGAACUUCAGCCGCAGCUUCAGAGCGGGUUAGGAUACAGAAAUCUAAUGUAGGUAGCAUGCUGACGUUAGCAUUGCCUUCAUAGUGGAGUCUCUGAGAGCUGUUCGCACGGCUGCAGACUCUUGUCAUAUCUGUGUUUUCACUGAAUCGAAGCCAAGAGUCGAACUUUGAGUCCCUGCGGUCACGAGGACGAGGGUCACGCUUUGAUUACAAAGAUCACGUUGUUCUGCCGGCGUGAAAAGAGCCAAACCGCAGAUCCACGUAAUAACCCGGGGAGCGCAGCGAGUCGCCAAAGUGUCAGAGUGUGAGAUAUUUCAGAAUUUCAUACUUUUAAAUAUUGCUGUGAACAGGAAAGACCAAAAGGGGUGUCAGCUCCAAAAUGAUGACUCAUGAACGGCUUUGGCUCACAUUUACGAGUUCCUUUUCCUGUGCCAGCGGCCUGAUGGACUGUGGGUAAAAAACACCGGUGGGAAGCUCGGCCUCCUGAUAUUUGGGGCUCCUGUCGAAGCCAACGGCGGCAAGUUUUGUGCCUCCAGAUUUGGAAGUUUUCUAAUGAAGCGGAGCAGCUGCAGUUUCCCUUCAGUCAGGAAACGAGAGGCUUUGUGUCCCUUGUCACCCGGUGUUAAUUUGGGCCCUAAUGUAUUUUAUAAACAAAGGGCUGCUCUCUAGCCUGACAGUCGUGACACCUUGAUUCCAGUGCAGGAUGCAUGCAGCACAGGGUUACACCAUUAAUAAUCAACUGGCAGCCAUCACACCAUUUUAACCACGAUCAUUAUGAUAAAGGGCAUACACUUAAUUACAGGCCUGCUUAAUUAUAGCUCUGUUGAAGCUCGUUUGUUUGGUCAAAUGCUAAUUAUACCACCACGCUCUUGGCAAGUCCUCAUUUCAAUCCACUUUUUGCCCGCUGAACAGUGUGGCUUAUUUUCAUGCAAAUUUGAUAUCUGGUGAAUGUUUUGUCUCUCUUCUUUCCGCUUUUCUGUGCCUAGUGUGAGUGUGUCUUUGUUUCAGAGGUGAACAUCUCUCAGACAAGACGGAAUCUGGAAUAAUCAAGAGUAAUUAAACUGGAGGGAGGGUUGGGAAAGGGCUGGGCUGGAGGAGAGAGUGGAGGUGCUCCAAUACGGCGGAGAAUAAAACAGCCUUUCAUCUUCCCUCCAUAGACGGAGGGAGGGGAGGUGUCGGGGUGGCUGGGGAUGUUGAUAGCUCUGCUGUAUUAUAAACCCACGUUUAUUCUCCUGGAUCUCCUCAGGAUCAAGAAAAAGGGAGUCAUAUUUCUUUUGUUUGUUGUGAGAAAGCGAACCUUAAACUUUGUUUUUGUUUUCUCACUUUUUUCAGCUCUGGAUGACGUGCCCUUUAUGGUCUCUGAGAAGUUUUGUGGAAGACGAUCCAAAGAGGUAAAACAAGCAGCGAAAUAACGCCAAACAGCUGCUUCAUUACGUGUAAUAGAGGAGGGGUCGUGAUAGGUAGUGCGGCGUUGGCCGUUCUGCACGACGGACCACGUUAUCGUCCUCAGCUUUGUUUCUCUUUCAGCCUUUAGUUCCUCCUUCCUUUCUUUUCCUCUAUCUCCCCUUGUCUCCUUCUGUCCUUUCCUUUCUUUCCUUUCCUUUUCUCCAGACUGAGUGAUGAAUGCGUGCAGUCAGGCAGAGCUGGCUCAAUGCAGUCCAUUUGGCUGGCUGGCGGCGGUUGUCACUAUAGCCCCGUUUGUAUUGACACCAAGAGGAGAGGAUUAAAGAUUUUAAGCAUGCUUACUUAGCCAUGAGCCUAACCGCCAUGUUUCUUGUGUGUGUGUGUGUGUGUGUGUGUGUGUGUGUGUGUGUUUCCUCCCUCCUCCUCCCCCUCCACCUCCCCUCCUCCUCCCCCCUCCUCUGCGUGCUUUUGAUUUCAGAUGCAGCAAGUCAAUUUAAUGGGCAUUACGAUCAAAUCCCUGGCAGAGAUCGAGGAGGAAGUGAGUAGAGGCUGCAACGCUCGGCUGCCGCUGACGCCGCUGGCCCAGAAUGCAAAGCAAACGGUCUUGGGGUUGUAAUUAAGUGUCUGAGACAGCGAGGCCCUGUUGGCUCCACUAAGCCCCAAUUGAAUAAAAGCACGGCCAGGCGAGGCAGCCAUUCUCUCUUAAAAGCUUCGUCUCCGGUUCCAAAACACUUGACUUUUAUUCCCCGAUACUUCUCUCAAACAGCUCAAUUGAGCAUCGGCGGCGAGGCCUCCUCUCUCCUGGUCACAUCUCUGCAUGUUUAACUUUUUCAAACAGCUUCAUCUUCAGUGGGGAAAAAGUUAAGAGAUCAUAAGAGCAAAUAAAAGCACUACAAAGUCCUCCUCAUUCCUGAUGAAACACUGUAGCCUGCAGGCAUUCGCAGGAAGGAAGAAAAUCAUGUGUGCGGCUGCGUGUGUUUGUGCAGGGAAAGAAAAGUCAGUGUGUGUGUGUGUGUACAUGUGUGUGUGUGUGCGCUUUAAAGAGAGUGACAACCCCCCUUCUCUCUCAUUAGCACGGUAUCUCGGUAUCAGAACUGCCAGGAAGUGACAGACCACUGUAAAAGAACAGGUGCUGUUGGGUUUGAGAUGUGUUACAGAGCAAACACUCCCUCAUCAAACCGGGUGUCUGUUCUGCACUCUGCCUCUGUCUUCUGUCACAUACUAUCCAAAUCACACCCAGUCGCCAUCUUGUCAUAUGGUCAUCUGAAUGAAGCUCAUUGUCAAGCUCAGGUAUUAAUGGCGUGUACGUGUGUAUGUGUGUGUUUUUGUUCCAGGGUGGGAGACAGGCUGGCUGCUCAUCCUAUAUGCUCCUGUCUUUUUUUUUCCUCCUCCUCCUCCUCCUCCUUCCUUUCCUCUCCUCCUUCCCUCCUUCUCUUUCUUCUCCGAGAGUGUGAUUAGCAGCAGGACACAUGGUGAGCUGAGCUGGGGAAGGAGAGGAGAGGAGAGGGGGCAUGAGAAAUCAUUAAUUACAGCCGCGCUGGAGCUGAUGAAGUAAAUGUGAGAUAGUGUAACACACAGGAUUUAGUGAAGUGGACGACAGCACAAGAUUAAUGGUGGGGCCAGGCUGAUGAGGAUGAAGUCACAGCUUAGCUUGAUAAUUAGUUUCCAAGUGGAAACAUCCCUCACCAUUGUGUUAUUUUUACUUCUCUGCUCUUAUUAUUACAGCACAAAGAUUCCUGCAGAACAAGAGGGGGAAAUAUGGUUAGAGAUGUUCCUGCAAACAUGUCCGACAGCCAAAGAGAGGCGCGCCUGAAGACAGCAGGUUUUUAUUUCUUUAAAGCUGUAAUUUUCACAGCUGUAAAUUCAGAGUUUUUUUAGGAAUGGAAAAAAAAAAACAACAUUUUAAAUCAAGACAAAGUUUCACCCUCCACUUUGUUAUCUGCUCUUGAGGUUUCAUCAGAAGUUUCGGCUCAGUCUUUGCAGUCACGCUCCUCUUUGUUGUCUGUUUCAUCAGAAGUUUGACUUUACUCUCGGUGAAGACGAAAAGCUGCAGACGUGUUUGAUUCUCCUCCUUUAUUGAGUUUAGUUUAGCUGGAAAAGAGGAUUUGGUAACACUUUAUAGCGCAUCAUAAAUACAUUUAUAAUGCGUUAUAGUCACGUUAUAGCACUGUAUAAUAUAGUUAUAAACACUCAUUCAUGGUUUUUAGCAAUAAUCACAACACAAUAUGAAGCAUUUCAUCAUGACUUAAAGUUCAGGUAUGUGUUCUGCUUAUUGUUAUAAAGCCUUAUGAUAAUUAAUGAGUGUUUAUAACGAUAGUUACACAAGUUUAUAAGCAAAUUAUAACACAUCAUAAAUAUAUGUAUAACGCAUUAAUAAUGCAUCUAUGUGGGCAUUGUCAGUGAGUUGUUAACAGUUAUAACACAUUAUAAUACCUGAUAAAAUGCUUUAUGAUGUGUUAUGAUUAUUGUUUUAAAGCAUUAUGAUCAUUUAUGAGUGUUUAUAACUAUAGUUAUACGGUGUUAUAACGUGAUUAUUACUCAUUAUAAAUGUAUUUAUAAUUCGUUAUAAAGAGAGGCGUCAAGAAGAGUGUUACAGAGAUGAAAUGUGUCAAACUCCUGUUUUUAUUUAGGUAAUUAAAAGACAAUGUAAAGAUAUAAAUCACAUAGAAUAACAUGCUGACAAUAACAAAUGUUUAAAAAUAGAGAAGAUGAUAUAAAGUUAAAACAAAAGGUUACAGAAAUCUUCCACAGUUUCUUCCUCCUCCUCCUCCGUCCAGAAGAGGUCACUGUCCGUUCUUUACUCUCGGGCCUCCUCCUCUCCCUCUCCUUUCUCCCCCCUUCCUCCUCAGACUCUCUCUGCUCACCGUCUUAAUUGCCUUCUCCUUAAACCCAUUAAAAAUAUAGAUUCAUGAAAGAGAUGUACUUGUGCAGCAGUAUUAUACAUAUGCACAUGUAAUUGAGGAAAACUGUUGUAAUCACCACCACAGUUGUAGAUAAGACCAUUUCCUAACAGGCAUCACUUAAGCCGUGUCUGGGAUGAUGUUGGUUCCAGCAAUUAGGCAUUCUUUUCAUUUCCCAAAUGACUCACAAAACUUGCGGAUAUUAUAAUUGCUUUUAGCCACGCAUAUCUAAUUUGUGUCUUUUUAAGUGUUAAUUAGUAAGCGAUUUAAAGUGACGUCUUUAUGUAGUUUGCUCUGCUGAGAAAUGUUGUUGGCGGCUGGCUAAUGAUUUUCAGAGGGAGUGUGUUAGGGUGGAGAGGAGUGUGUGUGCGAGUGUGUGUGCGCACAUGACAAGAUUUUCAUUAGCACCUAUGUAUGAUGGGCUUUCAGUGUUUGCAGGAACUUAUCCGUGUGUGUGUGUGUGUGUGUCUGCUUAUGCGAACGUAUGGAGGGACAGUGGUGUAUGUGCGAGGUGUGAGAGGGAGAGCUCCAAAUAGAGGUGGAAUUAAUGAAGACAACAUGUCACAUAUUUUUGGCAGUGCAGCAGGGACAGGAAAUGAAGCCGGGCUCGUCUAGGUGACUGCCGCCCAUGUUCCAGUGUGUCACUGUCCUGUCAGCCUGUGUGUAAAACUGGCAGACAUUGAUACAUGCUCUCCCUGAUAACACCCCAUUCCCCCAUCCAUCAUCCACACACACACACCUACACACGCGCACGUACACACAGGAUUAUUUAUUUACUGUGCCAGAUGUUGUGAGUGAAUUUUUGUGUGUUGGGGGGCUGGAUUUCUUCACAACUAACAGGCUUGUGAUAUGUGACAGCUUUUUGGGGAACUUGCAGCAGCAGCUUCCCCCUGCAGCAGAUGAGAAUCAGGGAAGGUGGUAUUUUGAUCCGGAGAAGCUGGUUGGAGACAUCCAGGCUCUCUGUGGCCUCAGCUGGAGAUUUGGAAACUUGUUUCAGUGAUCAUACAGCAUCACCUAGUGCUGCGUCGGAGUAAUACAGCUGCUGUCUGAUGAAGUGAUAUGAGCUCCUCUCACUGACACACAAACAAAAAUUAUUAAUCAGGUAUUUUUCAAACAAUUAACUAAUCACAAGUGAUAGUUUUUCCUCAUCGUAGAUUAUUAGAUUUAUUGAGCAGAUUUUGGAAAAUGAAUUAGCAUCUUAAGGGUCGUAGUAUUAUGAAGAUAUGCAUCAUUUUUUACCUGUGAUAAGUUUGUUUCCAUCGUAAUCUUGAGUUUAAGUCAGAUUAUUAUAGUUCAAACCACCAGAGUUACAGGCAUGAAAAUAAGCUGCAUUUCCACCUUCCACAGAGUGUAUUAUACAAUUAUCAUCCUAUACCUUACUACUUCGUUUGGACCCCUUUGCCAGAGUUCUGAGUGUAUCGAUCAGAUCCAAAAAUAAUUGAUUUAGUGCAGUUAAUUCUGUUUUAUGUCUAUGUUAAUCAUAUCAGGUCGUUAUACAGCUGUCAGGGUUUAUUUAUAAGCCACCAGCUGAGCGGUGAGAGACACAAACAUGCCUGCAAAAGGUGAAAAUUUUCCCAUAUAUCAAUAAUUUUCCAUAUCAAUAAACAUAGAUUAUUCGCAGCAAACUUUGUUAAUAAGUUCCCUAAUAACUUUGAUAAAGAGCUGUGCGAGUUACUUCUUUCACCAAACGACUCUCAUGGACAUAAUUUCAGAGUAAAAGCAAACAAAAAGAGUCACUUUACGCUUUUAUUUUGAAAAACAUUCUAGAUGUACUGUUGUGGAAAAACAUGCACGCCAAAAAUGAAGCCAUCAUAAGGCCGUCAUGUGACCCCAGAGUCGGGUACAAUCUGCUGUAGGAAUACAUGCGAGAUACCAGACUGAAGUGGACUGAGCUAGACCCUUCAGACUUGAAUUGUGCAGACAAAGUCAAACGUAGCUUUGUACGUCGUACUCUGAACAUUUAAAAUGUUCUAGUUUCUAAUUUGCUGCUAAAGGAUCCUGUUAUCAUGAAAAAACAAAAUUUAUCUUCAGGUAAAUUAACGAGUAACAUGAGACUUAAAUACCUUUAUUAUCAAAGUGGGUUUCAUCCUAAAUACCAAUACACCAUCAUAAAUACAGUUACAGUCCUGCUGCAGCAGUUUACCCAGAAGAUGGCGGUCAAAGAAACAAGUGGCUGCUUCACAAACACAAAGCAUGCUGGGUAAUAAGCGUUGCAGAUCUGACUGAUGAGGUCAGAAUCCUGGUGUACUACUUAGUAAGCAGACUUUAUAGAGAGCUGCACCACAACCGUGAAUCACUGAAUCAGUGGGACUCAUAUUCUAAAGUUUACGGUAAUCUAUUAGACAAGAAACCAGCGUUUAUACCACCAUGUCAAGAUUUAAACCUAAACAGUUAAAUGAGAUAUGCUCAUUUAGGGUCUCAGUACUCUCUUAAACAUCUGUAUUUUGAGGAUUUAUGAAACCAACAUGUUUUUGUUUUUCUUGUAAGGAUUAAAGAGCAACAAAAAACAAGAGUUCAUGAAAUCAGAGGAUGACUUGUACCACCUUAAACUUACCAACAAUCUUCCUGAUUUUUGGGUCCCUGAAUGCUUCAUUCUUUAUGAAAGAGAAGUAAUAUUGAUUAUUGGUUUGUCCCAAAGUUUAGAGUAAAUCAAUGUUUUUUCAUUACAUUUUAAAUUAUCUACUAAACAGUAAAAAAUUCACUUUUGUAAUUCAGUCAGUCAGGAUCUGUUACAGCCUUCUUGCUCUUUAGAGUGUCAUGUCCCACUUCUGCCACAGGGGGGAGGUGUUUGUCAGUAUUUCUUCACUUCAUUCCCACUGCUGUAUGAGGGCCUCUCAUUUAAUAACAAUAAUAACAUUAAUAUAAAGUUUUUAUUUUUGUCACUCGUCAGUGAAGUUGUUGGAUAUUCACAGCUCAGCUCUCAGGUCUGUUAUUUUCUGACUUUUGUUGUUUUUUUUUUUUUUAUAUGUGUCAUAAAAAGAUUAAAUAUUUAUUUAAAUCUGAAGAUUAAUGGAAAAAGUAAAUAAUUGUGGUGGUUUUCAGUUUAACGCUGCAGCGUUAGAUGUUGAUAUGUUUAUUUAUUUGUUAAUUAGAUAUGUAGAUAUUGGUGCUGACACAUUUAUCCCUAUAGGUGUUUCUGCCUCACCUGUCCUCAGGAGGUUUUGUAUGUUAGUGAUGAAGAGCUGUGAUUAUAUGUUGUUUUUUUUUACAUAUUUUUAAUCACUCUUCUCUGUUUUUUCCUCUUUUGCAGUUUCAAUACAACUUCAGCACAGAGCGAAGCAUCGCUGUUUGAUUUUCAACACGAGGACAGAAACACCGGAAACACAGACCUCAGGGAUCUCCUGUAAAAUAACGGACUAAUAAUUAAUGAGAUUUUAACAAUAUGUGGGAAAAAUACAAAUGUGCUCUGUCUAAUUUAAAGAAUAUAUAAGUGUUUUAGUGAUUUCUGAAGUAUUUUAAACUUUGUACAUUAAAUUUUAAUCAUGUUUUAUCUUA